AAUAUCUAUACAAUAUAACGACACCAUAGAUUAUGUCAGAAGAAGUUGAAGACAUAAGACGUCGUUUGAAAGACCUUAAUGAGAGGGCAUGGGACGGUGAAGUGGUAUUUGUGGGUAAUACAAAGCUCGACUCAUCAUUGAAGAAGAAUACUGCUUUUGUAAAAAAAAUCAAAACAUCUAUGUGUCAUGAUCAAUGUCAAUCAAUUUUGAAAGACAUUCGCUCACUUUCAUUAGAAAAAUAUCUCUCUGAGAUGAUCUCUUCUAUAUCUGAAGGAUUGGUGAAAGUAACCAAGUCCGAAGAUAUAGUUGCAUCAAUGGAAAUUAUUUCAGCAUUACAUCAACGAUUUUCUGCUAGAUUUAGUCCUCUUUUACUUUCAAAUAUUCUUAAUUCAUUAUCAAAGCAAGGUGGUAGUAGUACUACCGAGACAGAGAGUGCUAGGUUGAACAGAACUAAGACAUUAGUCAAAUUGCUUGCAGAAUACAACUUCAUGGGAGUAUUCAGAACCGUUACUGAUGUUGAAUCAAAGGAUGACCUCCCGAUGUAUGCUCUGAAGAGUUAUAGUAAGAUUGAAACUUUGGAUGUAAUAAUCCCUGCAUUAAAAGAUCUUCUUAAUGAAGAUAUCAAUCUGGGGAAAACACUCCCACUCGCAGUGAGUUUUUUGAAACGAUUCCGUAGUAUAAUAGCAACUUCUGAACCUCUGGUUGUCGAUGACAAAACUAGACAAAUAUUAAGACAAAUCUAUGAGAUAUAUUCAGCUGCAACUUUGAAAUCAUUAGUUUCAGUCCAUAAGAAAAGAUUGUUACUUGAAGUUAGAAUUAAAAAGACUUCUAUUAGAAUAGGUAGGAUUCCAGAAGAACUUAUUCCAGAAAGAGAACAAUAUCAAAAUCUUUUUGAUUUAAUGAAACUGUCAGCAGAAUACUUUUGUGAAGUAUUUGAAGAUCUUACGAUGCCUCUUCUUGGUAACGAAGUGAACGAGGAUGGGGAGUCAGUAGUAGAAAUUGUCAAAAGUAAAAGUACUGCUGAAGAUGAAUUAGGAAUAUGGGAAAGUGUUGAAGUGAAAAGUUUCUACACUAAAGUUCCAGAUAUCACUGAAUUAUUAGAACAAUAUCAGCUACUGAAUGAAGAUGAAAAAGAAAAUGGUUCAGAGACAGGUACAGCUUCAACAACCGCAGCUUCAUCAUUAUCAUCGGCACAACAACUGUAUGAUGGAGAAAAAAUGCGAGACUUUAUAGAUCGGUUGGACAGGGUUGGAAGUCAACAAGAAAUUGACUCUUUAGCCGUUGAAUUUAACACUUCAAGACUUAAUAAUAAAGCAUCAAAAAACAGAAUCUUUAAAUACUUUCUUGAUACUCAAGAAAUAUCUAAAUUAAAAUUCUUUGCUCGGUUUAUGGCAAUUAAUGCUGGUCCACUUUCUGAAGUUAUUCUGGAAUUAGUUGAUUAUCUUGAUAGAGGGUUUCGUACCCAAAUUUUCAACAGUAAAAGUCGUUUGAAUUUUAAGAAUAUAUUCUUCUUUUGUGAAUUUAUUCGAUUUAAAUUAGUGCCUACACAUGUCAUAUUCCACAAGAUUAGAACUCUUACUAUUAAUAUUUCAGCCACUAACAAUCUUGAUAUUCUCAGUGUGUUUUAUGAACAAUGUGGAAGGUUUUUAUUGCAUGAACCUGAAUAUCAUGAACUUAUGGAACAAAUGGUUACAUUACUUAAACAGAAACGAACUAAUGAACAAUUUCUGAUUAAUGAUAAAAUGGCAAUUAACAAUCUACUUGUUGUGAUAGAUCCACCUGCAACAAAAGUAAGUAAGAUCAAUCAAGAUGCACCUAAACUUUCACCCAAGGCACAAUUCAUGCAUUGGAUAAUUCGAGUUGAAUUGAAAAAUACUCCAUCCAGUACUGCCAUGGUUGUUAAAUUUUUAGAAAAAUUUGAUUUUGCUAAUGAUUUAAGUGUUAGAGAAUCACUUUUAGAAUUAUUUUGCAAACCAGAUAUGGUGAAUUAUGAUGUAAUUUCAAAAUUGGCCAUUGUGCUUUGCAAGUUAUCAAUUUCAAACUUUGCUUUAUUGACUUGCACAAUUGAUACGGUAGUGGAAGAGGUUGAAAGAGGUCUUGAAAUAACCGAUUAUAGACUUAAUCGUGCUAGAGUCGCCCAAAUGAAAUAUGUUGCAGAGUUGUAUAAUCGUGGAGCAUUAAACUGGAGACUUGUUGAAAGUUUAUUGUACAAAGUGAUUAAUACAGGUCAUCCAAAUAAUCAACCAUUACCAAAUAGUUCAGUAGAAACUGACUUGCCAGACAACUAUUUUAGAAUUCAUUUGUGUUGUGUCUUGUUGAUGAAUAUUGAUACAAAGAAAGUGCCCAAGUCAAUGGAUAAGGAAGAAGUAAAGAUCAAAUUCGGUGAAUUUAAAACCAGUUUGGAAGCCUUUGUGGCAUACUUUGAAUUUUACAUCUUUUGCAAGAGGCAACCUAUCCCAGUCGAGACUCAAUUUAAGAUUAAAGAUAUGUAUGGCCGAGUAACUAGGGAAAAUUAUAAGCCACCACAAAAUAUUGGUGAGGCAAUUGCAAACUUACAAGCAAUUAUUAAAAAGAGAGGAGAGGGUUCAAACGCAAAAAAUGACCCUGAAAAGAAGGUGGAAAAGGAGUCCGACAUCGAAGAGGAAGAAGAAGAGGAAGAAGAAGAUGAAGAGGAAGAUGAAGAGGAAGAAGAAGAGGAAUAUGACGAAGAAGAGGAUGAAGAUGACGAUGAAGAUGAUGACGAGGAAGAUGAUGACGACGAUGAAGAAGAUGAUGAAGAUGACGAAGAAGACGAUGAAGAUGAAGACGAGGAAGAAGAAGAAGAAGAUGAUGAAGAUGAUUCAUUUGGAGAAUCUGAAGAUGAAAUAGAUUUGACUCAACAACAAAAGCUUUCUCAAGAAGAUAAAAAGAUUGCCGAAGAACUAGAGAAAGAUUUCCAAAAAAUUGUACUUGAUUCAUACCAAAGGAAUAAGUUAAUUGUUCCAAUGAGUAAAAGUAAGUUUAGUAUUCCUGUACCAUCCAAGAAGUAUAUUGAUCCAUCAAUGGAACAAAAAAAUGAGAAUAAGAAUGAGAAACCUGAACAUGUUCCAUUCACUCUUAUUUCAAAGAAGGGAAAGAAAACCAGUAGCACACGUGUACUUCUUCCAAGUGAUUCCAAAUUUUCUGAAAUCAAAUUGAAGGGAGAAGAAGAUCAAAGAAAUCAUAGAGAAAGAAUCAUGCAAUUAGUUAAUAACAUGGAUGAUUAG